AAGUUUCCAAAAAAUAUGGAUAAUUGUACAAUAAAAGAUUUUAGUUUAACUUUAUUAGAAAAUUUCAAUUCAACAACGAAUCGUUUAGAAAAUUUUUUAACAUCUAAUAAUGUUCAAAGUGAAAAAAUCAAAAAUAAUUUAAAAUACAUAUAUGAUUUUCUGAAACAAGACAAAAAUUUGCCACAAGGUAAUGGUUUACCGGAAUUAAUAAUAGACAAUUUUGGUCAUGAAGAAAUUUGGUCUCAAUUAGAAUUAGAAAAUGAAUCAUUAUACUUUCGAUUUAUCACUGAUGUUGCAAAAAUACUGUCCAAAAAUAACAUCUGCGAUGAUAGUAAUGAAAGUGAGAUAGAAUUUGCUGAAAAUGAUUUAUCCGACGGAAAUGUUUCUGAAAAAGAGUUGCAAUUAGAUAAAAGUAGCACUGACGAAGAUACUGAUAAUGAUAAUUCAAAUGAAGGGAAUGAAAAUCAAGAGAAUCAGUCGGAAAACAGUGAUGGUAAUGAAGAAAACACAGAAAAGAAUGGUCGCGAUAAAUUCUUUAGUAUGAAAGAAAUGGAAAAUUUCUUGAACAGUGAAGAUCAAAAAGCUAUGAACAAUGUUAAGAAAAAAAAACGGCGAAACAGUGAUGAAAGCGAUGACAGCGAUUCAAUUGAUUUAUUUGCACCAUCGGAUGAAGAAAGUGAAGAUAAUGAUUAUAAUGAUUUACAUUACAAUCAAUUUUUUGAUUCACCCGAAAAAGAAGGAAAGGUUGAAAAUAAUUUAGAAAAUGAUGAUAAAAGUGAAAAUGAAGAAGGAAGUGUUGCUGAAGAGGAAGAAGAAGAUGAAGAUAAAGCAUCGGAAGAAAAUGUAGAAGUACAACCUUCUACUUUUGAAUUAAGACAAGAGCGCUUACAAAAAAAAAUUGGACAUUUAGAAAAUAAUAAUGUCGGAGAAAAAUCUUGGCAAUUGAAAGGUGAAGUUACUGCCAAUUCUAGACCACAAAAUUCAUUGCUUGAGGAAAUUCUUGAUUUUGACGUAACAGCAAAACCUAGUAUUGUUAUCACAGAACAAACCAAUAUGCGAUUAGAAGAUAUUAUACUUCAACGAAUCAAAGAUAAAGCUUGGGAUAGUGUUCAGAGAAAAGCGAAACCUGUUAAUGACCCGUUAGAGUUUAAAAAGAAAUUGGCAUUAGAUUCGGAGAAAAGUAAGGAAUCGUUAGCACAAAUUUAUGAAAAAGAAUAUUUAAAACAAAAGGAAUCGCUUGAGCCUGAAUUUAAAGUACCAGAUGAAGAACCACCUGAAAAGAUUAAAACGACAGCUAUGAUUACAAAUUUAAUUUCUAAAUUAGAUGCAUUAAGUCAUUUUUAUUUUACACCUCGUUUAGUUAAGCCAGAAGUGAAAAUUGUCAGUAAUUUACCAGCAAUUACCAUGGAAGAAGUUGCACCUGUAACUGUAAGUGAUGCAACCUUAUUAGCUCCAGAAGAAAUCAAACCCAAAAAGAAAGGUGUGCCAAUGGCUAAAGAAGAACGUACCACAACGGAUAAGAAGAGAGAAAGGCGAUUUAAGAAAAAUAAACAACGUAAACGGCAUUUGGAACAAGAGAAAAAAUCGGCUAUGGCCAUUGGUGAACCUCGUAACAAGAAACAAGCUAAAGAACAAAAUAUAAAUAUUUUGAAACAAGUAACGAAGGAUCGAAAUGUUAGUUUAAUGGAAAAAAGUAACGUAUAUAGUGGAAAGUCAUCAGAAAAAUUCUUUAAUCAAUUGCAAGAUCAAGUUAAAAAUCAAAUAUCUACGAAAAUUAAGACCACACAUACGAAAAGCAAAACUGCACAGUUAACUGCAAAAAAACUUAAAUUGUAAAUAGUUAUAAA